AUGGAUGGCACUGAUGACUUUUGCUUCAUGAACUUUAAAGAAAUUGUUAGAACCCUGAUCAUAAGUGGUAAUUCACGGAGACUGCGUGAAAUAAUUGACAGAGUCUUCGUGAACAUACCAAAUGUCAACAGUGAGUCUCUGGCUGAAAUACAGAGUAUUCAGAUUGAAGAAACUGCAGUGAACCUGUGGAACUGGACAGUUACUAGGAGAAUAGAAUUGUCUGUGAGUGAAAGCCAGACAGCUAAGUUAUGUUAUGUUGCUUGCAAGCUGGUAUAUAGGUAUGGAAUCUUAAUUUCUUCUGAAGAAGCUCUUCAAAGACAGAUAUGGAUGAAUAUGAAAACAGGAAAAGAAUGGUUGGAUACUGGAAAUGCCCCGAUUGCUGAUGAAUUUUUUCAAGCUGCCAUGGCUGAUCUGGAGAAAUUAUAUGUCAAAUUAAUGCGGAGUUGCUACACUGAGGCCAACUUGACCAUGCAUAAGGUCACAGUGGAGAAGGGUAUCUUCUGCACACUUUCUUUUCAAGCUGAGUCAGCUGUUGCUCAAGGGGAUUUCAGGAAAGCAUCUCUGUGCGCGUUACGUUGUAAAGAUAUGCUGAUGAGGCUGCCUGAAAUGAUUGAAUAUCUUCAUAUACUCUGUUACAACUUUGGAGUAGAAACACACAAGCAGAAUAAAUAUAAAGAGAGUUCAUUCUGGCUUAGCCAAAGCUAUGAAAUUGGGAAGAUGGAUACAGAUUCUGUUGAACCAGAAAUGCUGGCUAAGGCUCUGCGAUUACUGGCCACUGUUUAUUUGGAUUGUAAUGAUGAAGAACAUUAUGGUAAGGCCCUCAUUGCUGUACGUCUAGCAAACAAGGAACACUUAGAUCCAGCUGGGCUUUUCUUAAAGAUGAAAAUCCUCAUGAAAAACAAAACAUGUAAUGGAGAACUCCUUGAAGCAGCAAAAGACAUUUUAGUGAUCAAAAACCCAUUGUCAUUGUUCUUGUCAACUCAAUUUCUUUUGGAUGUGAAAAGAGAUUCUGUUGGGUUUUCUUUUCUGAGGAUCAUCUCUGAUCAUUUUAAGUUGGCAGAAGAUAGUAGGAAAGUUGAAUUGUUCUGCAUCGACAUGCUUUUACAGAAAGAUCAAGUCCUGAUUGCUGAAGAGAAGAUUAAAGAAAUCCUUAGAGGUCACCAAACAAGAAGUCAACUGACAAGGGAUCUAGUAAAUUGGUUACACAACAUUCUGUGGGAAAAAGCUGCCAGAAGUUUUAAGGUUCAAAAUUAUACUGAUGCUUUACACUGGUACAGCUAUUCUCUGAAGUUGUAUGAAUGUGAUCAAGAGAAGCUGGAUUUGGUCAAGCUGAAGAGGAACAUGGCCUCCUGUUACUUACAUUUGAAACAACUUGAUAAGGCUAAAGAGGCAGUAACAGAAACUGAGCAACAGGAUCCUACAAACAUUUUCACUCAGUUUUAUAUAUUCAAGAUUGCAGUCAUGGAGGGCAACUCUGACAGAGCUUUACAGGUGGUCCGUACUUUAGAGAAAUUAUUAACAGAUGAAGAACUGGAUGAUGAUGGUCUAUUUGAAAGUGAAGUUUCACCUACCAAAAUCCUAAGUUUGGCUAUACAGUUUGCUCUAGAGAAUGGGCAACAAUUUGUGGCAGCCAAAGCUUUGGAAUGUUUAUCUCAACUUUCAGAAGACCCAAAAGAAGUACUUGGAGCUUUAAAGUGUCUGGUUCGAAUUAUUCUUCAACAAGUUUCUCGUAUGCCAGAAUCUGAAAAUAAAAAGAAAGAAAUGGACAAACUUCUGACUUACUUGAACACAGCACUCCUGAAAUUUUAUCAGUGUUUUGAUGAAGAUCCUUCAACUUUGGAUUCUAGAGUUAAUGAUGCCAAUUGGUUCAGAAAAAUAGCUUGGAACUUAGCUCUGCAGUCUGCGAAGGAUCGAGAGACAAUGAAAAACUUUUUCAUGGUUUCCUAUAAGCUGUCCCUUUUUUGUCCUUCUGAUCAAGGACUACUGAUUGCACAGAAAACAUGUUUACUCGUAGCAGCUGCAGCUGAUCUAGAGCAAGGAAGAAAAGCUCCAACAACUUAUGAGCAGGUAGUGUUACUGAGAAUGUCACUUGAGCACACCCAGAAAUGCAAAAUUGUCUGGAAUCGCCUGAAACAAACAGGAGACUUCUCGGGUGAUCACUGUGGAACAAUGCUUCUGUUGUAUGAGUUUGAAGUUAAGACCAAAACGAAUGACCCAUCACUGUACAGCUUCCUGGAUUCAGUAUGGAAAAUGCCUGAUAUAGAAAGCAGAACACUUGAAACAAUAGCGUUACUAGCUAUGGAUAAGCCUGCACACUAUCCUGCUAUUGCACGGAAGGCCUUGACAAGACUUUUAUUCAUCCACAAAAAUAAACAGCCAAUUGAUGUUUUGAAAUACAGUGAAUGCAUGCGCAACUUGAUUGAACUCUUGGUGUCAGAUGCAGUAUCAAGUAUAGUUCUGUAUUCUCUGAGAGAGAUUUGGGACCAUUUAAAAAAUGCUCUGAGCCUCAUUAGCCAAACUGAGGGCUACCCAGAAGAGGAGAUUCUCUGGCUAAUGAUCAAGUCUUGGAAUACUGGAAUAUUGAUGUACAGCAGGAACAUGUACGAGUCUGCAAAAAGAUGGGCUGGCCUGGCACUGGAUUUCCUUGGCCACCUUGGCUCCCUCAAAACAAGCUAUGAAGCUAAGGUGAAUCUUCUGUAUGUCAACCUCAUGGAAGCAUUAGACAAAAGAUGGGAGUUAAGAUCUGCAGAGAUGGCUGAGCGGUUAAGAGCACUGAUUGAGCCUCCCAAGGACCCAGGUUCAGUUCCCAGCACCCACACGACAGCUCGCCACCAUCUGUAA